AUGUAAUUCGAAUCUCCCGGAUUCAAUAUGGAUUUAGAUUAAGAGCUUUAAGCUGAAUAGCAUGAAGACUUUGAAUAAUAAUAUUUAGGGUUUUGCUUACGUACAACAAAGAGAGAAACUUCAAUUAACUGUCCAAAUUUAUAUAGCUAAACUUAGAGUAUCAAGAGCAUGGAGGGGUUCAAUGAUUUAAACGGUCAGAAGAUGGAAAACAUCACUUUAAAGAGUAUCCAGUAGAAUACUCCAGAGACAAAUAGAACAUUGAUAAAUACCCCUACAAAUAAAUAGCAUUCAACUGGUUCAAGCAUGAUGGCGUUCUUUUUGAUAAAGCGAUUUUUGGAGAAACUGUAAAUAAAGAGAAGAAUAAUUGAGACAUUGAAUUUUACUCAUUUGAAUUUGAUUGGAGAUAAAGCAGCAGACAUGUAAAUAUGGAGUUUUAUUAUAGUAAUGUAGUAUUGCAAUAUACAAAGUCAAUUCAACGAGCAGGGUUUACUUUAAAAGCAAUGAAAAAACUAUUAAAGAUGGAAUCGUCUAUUGAGGAAACAAAAAUGGAAACAAUGAAGCAAUACUACUAAAAUAUGAAAAAGCAGGCAAUCAAAUUUUUAUAAAAUUUUAUUAAUAAAAUCCCUUUAAUAUAAUCUGAAUCAGUUUUCAAGAUGUAUUGGGAUUUAUUUGCAGUCGUAUUUCGGAUUAUAUUAGUUGUUUUAAUACCUUUAGAGGUGGCAUUCAAGACGAAAAUAAUGUUUGAAAGCAAUUUUCCUUUGACUGUAAUAAUAAUAAUAAUUCUAAUAAUGGAUUUCUUGAUUAGAAUAAAUACUUAGUAAUAUUUAAAUGGAUAAGCUAUAAGAGAUAGAUGGAGAUUAAUUGUAUAUUAGGCUAAAAAAUCAAUGCUAAUAGACUUUUUAUCAAUAAUGAUAAUGAUAAUAUUUUUAUCUAUUGAACCAUAAGAUUAGUACUAUAACCUAUUCACAUUAGUUACAUUAACACAAUAUUCUUAUGUUUAUGAAAUACUCUCAAAAAGUGAAUAACUCUCAUAUUUUACAAGACCUUAAAGAGGAAUAUUGGGUUUAUUAAAAUUUGUAGCUACUUUGUUUUAUAUUUUACAUCUGUUUAGUUGUGUUUGGUUUUGGAUCUCGAGUUUGUAAAUAGAAGAUUCUUGGAUAGAUUUUAAGGAUUUAACUGAUAAAUCUUGGCAAUUAUAAUAUUUGGAAGCCUUGUAUUUUGCAAUUGUAACAAUGUUGACAAUUGGAUAUGGUGAUAAUGUACCUAAGAAUCCAACAGAGAAAAUAGUUACAAUCAUAUUCAUCCUUGGAGCAUGUUUAUGGUUUUCGUAUAGUGUUAAUUUCAUAGGAGGUAUUAUGAAUGACAUCACUCAAAAUUAAGUUGAAAGAAAUUAAAAGAUGAGAGUUAUCAAUAAGUAUAUGACAAAAAGAAAUAUUCCUUUUGCUCUGUAACAUUAGUAUAAAUUAUGAUCUUAUUUUUAGAAUAAAGGAAUACUUAACUUAUAGGUGGAAAGAAGAUGAUGAAGUAGACUUAGAAAUAGAAUAAGCAUUAUUAGAUUAAUUAUCUGAUGAACUCAAAGAAGAAUUAGACAAAUAGGCUCAUAAGGUAUUUAUUGAGAAAUCUAUUCUAUUGUAAUAAUUUUUUAGUGAAGAGUUUAGAAAUGCUCUAUUCAAGAGUAUCAAAAGGAAAAGUAUUAUAUUUAUUGUAAAAAUUAAGUUAUUCCACCAGAAAAUACAUUUUAAAUUGAUUUUAAUGGUUAACAUCAUCUAUGUUUUAUUGAAUAAGGACAUUUGUUGUAUUAGCAUAAAGAUUCAAAACAAAGAUCUAAAAUGAAUACUAUAAUAAAUUUAGGAGAAUUUCUUUGUGUUAAAGAAUUUAUAAUUGAAGAUCCUGAAAUGGAACUAUUCAAAGCUGUUGGAUAUGUCAGUCUCUUAGUUUUAUCUAAAUAAGACUUCUUAUAAACUCUAAAAGAUUUUCCAGAAGAUUUUUAAAAAUACUGUUAAUUGAAAGAUUCAAUAAUACUAAACUUAGAUUCCGUAGUUUUAACAAAGAGUGUUUAUUGUCCUGCUUGUUAACAAUUUGAACAUUCAUUGGCUCAAUGUCCCUAUAUUUAAUUAAAAUCCAACAGAGAAGUAGUAAUAAAACGAUAUUAACAUUCAAAAUACUAAUUGAGAUCUUCUUUUACAAGAAGAACAUCAAAAAAUGUAUUUUUAGCUUUAUCAGAAAAGGAAUUAGUUGCAGAGUUUGCAAAAGUAUUUUCAAGCGACAAUUAAGUCAUAAUUAAUUAAUAACUCAAAAUUUAUCUUAAUCAUGAAUCUGAUUUAUUUGAUUCAAAUUCUGUUGAGCCUCCUCCUUCCAAUGAUAAUAUUAAAUUAACUCCAUAAGUGUAGUAAGGUUGCCUUCCUCCUUAAUAAACAGCUUGUGCUGAUUUAUUAAGCAGCAUUAGGAUUCAAAAAAAUUUAAUAAGAGAAACAGAUAUUGAUCUUAAAGGAGAAUUGAGAUAAUAAUUAAAUUAAGGUAGAAUUAUUAGGAAGAUGACUCUUCAUCCAUAAAAUAAAUAAAUAAAAAAGAGUACUACAACUACUUUCACAGUAAGAUAUAUUUAGGAUGAAGAUUUAGAAGAUUAAUAAAUGGCAAUAGAAUUUCAGAAUUAUCAAAAUGAAAAUAUCAUUCUUCUCUAUAAUAAAUUAAUAAAGUAAGAUCAAGAUGAGCCUAUUGUCAGAUAAGCUUUAAGUCAAAUUGAACCUCUAUUCUGGAAAUUAAAUCAAAAAACAAUAGAUAACUUUGAAGUGUUAAAAAAUUAUGACUAUUUUUUUUCUCAUCAUAAUGUUCAAUAGAUAAUUGAUGUAGUGAAUAAAAAUAUCCAUUCUUGGCAAAAGGAUAUCAUAGAUAAGCUAUAAAAAUUUAUGUUUUUCCCUUUCAAUUAUAUACUCAAGUAUCUCAAAUUAAGACGAAAUAGAAUGAAUCAAGCAAUUAUAGAGAAAAGCAAUAAGUUUAAAAGAAUAAAGAAUAAAUUAAGAAUGAUAUAAUUGAGGAAUAAUUUACACUUAAAGAAAAUGUCAACAUCAUCAAACAAAAACAUAAGAUUUAGUUAGAUUUUGCCAUCGUAGUUUCCAUCUUAAGAUUCAAUCAUUACCUGA